GCGAUGGAGGGUCUUCCCUCUGGUUAUCGUCCCAACGUCGGAGUUUGUCUCAUCAACGAUGAUAAUCAGGUUUUUGUGGCUUCCAGACUGAAUGUUCCUGGAGCAUGGCAGAUGCCUCAGGGGGGAAUUGAAGACGGUGAAGAGCCAAAGUCUGCUGCGUACAGGGAACUGCAAGAAGAAACUGGAGUGGUAUCUGCUGAAAUAAUUGCUGAGGUUCCUAAUUGGUUGACUUAUGACUUCCCACCUGCUGUGAAAGCCAAAGUGAACCGUCUGUGGGGAGGUGAAUGGCAUGGACAGGCACAAAAAUGGUUUCUUAUGAGAUUGACAAAAGGUGAUAGCGAGAUCAACUUAGCAAGUGGUGAAGCAGAUCGAGAAUUCUCAGAGUGGAAAUGGGCAAGCCCUGAAGAAGUCAUUGAGCAGGCAGUGGACUACAAACGGCCUGCAUACGAGGAAGUUAUGAGAACCUUCGGUCCAUACCUGAGAGAAAGUAGUAUACCUACUAAAUGCCAAUCGUCCAAAUGGUAAAUGCUAUGCCUGUGGUCUUGCAGCUCUUUCCAUGUUUCUAACUCAGUUUGCUCAGAAGUGUUGGGGUGUAGAAUUUACUUUGCUCUCUUUGUAAAUGGUAUGACAGUUGAAACCUCUAGAUUAGGUGGUUGCUUGAAUGUAAUAAAGUUCCAAUCCUAUUUCCUGAUUUUGUCUAUAAGAUUGCUGUUAUCAAUUGAGGCCCCUCCUAAAGGAA